UAUUAAAUACUUAAGCAAAGUAAUGGAGCAAUAGAGAGAGAGAUAUUGAUAGUUGAGGAGGUGAGGUGAGGGAGGGGGAAAGGAAAAAAAAAGGAUGGAUCAAUCGUUUCUGGUAAUGCUGUCAAAUCUGCUUCACCUCCACAACUCCCUCGACCCAACCACCUCCCUCCUCUCCGACUCACUCUCAUCAACCACCGCCAACCCCUCCUCCCUCCUCCACUCCUCCUCCAUCGCCCCCCUCCUCUUCUUCACCAUCGCCUCCGUCCUUUCCUACGUCUCUUCCACGCGCCCCUCCUCCUCCCCUCCCAACCCUAACGCCGCCACCACCACCACCAACAACAACCCCAACACCACCACCACCAACAACGCCUCCUCCGACUACUCCGUCUCCGCCUUUCGCGCGCUCUCCACGGAACACAUCUGGUCCCUCGAAGCCCCUCUCCGCGACGCCCACUGGCGCUCGCUCUACGGCCUCUCUUACCCCGUCUUCACAACCGUCGUCGACAAGCUCAAGCCCCACAUCGCCCUCUCCAAUCUCUCCCUACCCUCCGACUACGCCGUCGCCAUGGUCCUCUCCCGCCUCGCCCACGGCCUCUCUGCCAAAACCCUCGCCGCCCGCUAUUCUCUCGAUCCCUACCUCGUCUCCAAAAUCACCAACAUGGUCACGCGCCUCCUCGCUACCAAGCUCUACCCCGAGUUCAUCAAAAUACCCGUUGGCCGCCGCCGCCUCCUCGAGACCACCCAGUCCUUCGAGGAACUCACAUCCCUCCCCAACAUGUGCGGCGCCAUCGACACCACCCCCGUCCACCUCCGCUCCACCCAUAACAGCAACCCUAACCUCAACCCCUACCGCUGCCGCUAUGGCUACCCCUCUUUACUCCUCCAGGUCGUCUCCGACCACAAGAAGAUCUUCUGGGACGUCUGCGUCAAGGCCCCUGGCGGCACCGACGACGCCACCCACUUCCGCGACAGCCUCCUCUACCACCGCCUCACCUCCGGCGACGUCGUCUGGGACAAGGUCAUUAGCGUUCGCGGCCACCACGUGAGGCCUUACGUGGUCGGCGACUGGUGCUUCCCUCUGCUGCCCUUUCUCCUCACCCCCUUCUCCCCCAGCGGGAUGGGCACCCCCGCCCAGAACCUGUUCGAUGGAAUGCUCAUGAAGGGAAGGUCCGUGGUGGUGGAGGCCAUUGCGCUUCUGAAGGGGAGGUGGAAGAUUCUUCAGGAUUUGAACACCGGUGUCCAUCACGCCCCCCAAACCAUCGUCGCCUGUUGCGUGUUACACAACCUCUGCCAGAUUGCAAGGGAGCCGGAACCCGAGCUAUGGAAGGAGCCCGACGAGAGUGGACCCCCGCCCAGGGUCAUGGACAGUGAGAAGUCCUUUCAUUACUAUGGGGAAAAAUUGAGGCAAGCGCUUGCUGAUGAUUUGCACCACAAGCUUUCCUCAAGAUAGUACUUCCUUAAUCUCUUUGCCCCCUUUUUACUAUUAUAACUGCCAACUGCCUCGCAAGACAGCAACCUCAUUGUGUUGUUUAAUGAGAAGAAAUGUGUUUUUAGUUUUAGUUCUAAAUAACUUCUGAGCUUGUUGUCGUUCGUACAUGAUAAGAUAGAUUGGUGACACUAAGUGUGGGAAUGCUGAAUGCGGAGGACUGAACUACUAACAUUAUUUUCUAUUCGUAUAUGAAAAUUUCAUGUUUCAGACUCGUUUCAACUCUAAUACCAUUUGCUUUCGCCUCUCUUA